AGAAUAAAUUACGAUUUUUCAUGUAAAGUUGGUUCUUACAAAAGUAUGGGUAACUAAGACUCAAAUUAAUAAAAUCUUUUACACAACGUUAAUAUGUAUCUCAUUUCUGACUCUUAUCGUUUUUUUAGUAAUAAACACACUCUUAUUCAAAAGUUACUUGUAUUAGUGUUAUAGGUUUUGUAAAUGGUGAGAGCGAAUGGAAUGACGAAUGAGAGAGAGAGCGAGAGAAGGAGUGAGAGAGAGAGGAUAAAAUAUAUAAAAGAAAAUACGAGCCGCUGGAAACAAGUCGAACUAAUAGAAUAAGACCUGAGUACCAGACUAAGGAAAAAUAGAUCGGCCUUUAUCCAACAAUUUAUCUAACAUUAGAAACUAAUAAAAAAAAAUAUGAAGUUGUACAUAAAUAAUUGAUAAAUAUUUUCAACAUCUCUUAUAAUGUAGCCUGAUUUACGUGAAAGGGGAACAGUAGUACUUUGAUGUGACAUAGACAAACAGUAAGAGAAUAUUCUAAGUGCAAACAAGAUUAAGUUAUUCGUUUAUAGCUACAGCAAAAGUCGGUAUAAAAUGGAAAUAAAUUUUAUACGUAUUGGAUUUAUUUUGUCUGCCACAUUAGUUGGUAUAUUAGGGUUGUUGAUUAAUUAUUUAGAACCCUAUUUACCUCUGAGCAUUUCUCGUUCAUUUCGUUAUGGUAAAUUUGCUGUCAAUAAAUAUCAACCGAUUGUACAAAAAAUUGAAGUGCCUAAAAGAUACUUUAAACAUUUUUACAUGUUUGCUGGACCAGCUUCAAGUUAUAUAUUAUAUAUGGUUAUUUAUAAAUACUUGUGGCAUGGUGAUAUAUCUAAAAGUAUUAUAUGGAUAUUAGAUAUAUGCCUUGGAACAUUUCGACAACCACUGGUGUCUCCGGAAAGUACGUUUGUAGCUGCCAUACUUUUGAGCACGCAGUGCUGGAAAAGAUUUUACGAAACACAAUAUGUAACAAUUUUUAGCAAUGCAAAAAUGAAUAUCACUCAUUACUUAAUUGGAUUUUUUCAUUAUAUCGGAGUCUUAAUGUCCGUUAUAGGUGAAUCUAAAGGAUUUGUUAGAGGUUCAGAAGGAAAUUUCUCGUGGCAGAAAAUUACAUAUGUUCAGUUAAUAUGUACAGUAAUCUUUUUAUCAUCAUCAUAUGCUCAACUCAAGGCGAACUAUGUUCUUAGAAGUCUACGAAAAAAUAAAGAUGGCGAGACUAAUUCAAACGUGUAUAAGAUACCGCGGGGUGGUCUUUUUGAAUAUGUAUCAGGUGCAUUGCAAAUUACGGAGAUAAUUAUUUAUGUAACAAGUUCUAUAAUUUUGUGGGAAAGCUCUACAUUUCAUUAUGUCACGCUUUGGGUUUUAUCAAAUCAGAUAAGCACUGCUGUAUUAACUCAUAAGUGGUAUGUACAGACAUUCCAGAAUUAUCCAAAAUCUCGAAAAAUUCUACUCCCAUACCUUUUUUAAGUGUUACAUUAUGUAAUUAUAAAUAUUUUUGUUAUAAUUAUUUCUUAUAUUUAUUAAAAAUUCAAAUAAAUCGUUGACAUUCGU